CAUUUUCUGACGAUCAGGUCCAUUGAAGGAAAGAUGUGUUACUAUAACAUUGAUUCAUUGUUGUGGUUGAGUAUUAGCCGCUGGGGGAUACAUGGAUAGAUUGAUGCACUAAUACUCAGAUUUCAUGUCUACAACGCAAUGUUCACCUGUUGACUUCAUUGUUUGUGUCCCCUUCAUGUUUCAGUAAGCUGACAUUCAGAUGGGGAUAAUGGAGGAUGAGAUCAACCUUACAACACCAGAUACAGAUCUGUCUGAAAGGGACAAACUAUUGGUCGAUAUAGAUCGUGCUCUGAAGAUCUAUUACUCAGUAGCGCUAGUCACAGUUGGCACUGUGCUUAAUAUUUUGUCCAUCGUCAUUCUCAGCCGGGCUGCUUUCAGAAACUCGACUACCUCCGUCUAUUUAAGGUAUCUGGCAUGCAUAGACAUGUUUGUACUCUACAACGGUCUCAGUCGCCAUUUUGUUUCGGGCAUCUCAGGAUACAACAUCCGAUAUCUGAGCGAAGCAUUCUGCAAGUUCAAUCUGUGGUCAAGCGCAUUUGCACCAGACAUCAGCGCUUGGAUUCUUGUGGUAGUGACCACUGAACGCUUGAUGUCCAUUGUUUUGCCGCACAGGGUGAGAACGGUCUGCUCCAAGUCAACAGCAGCUGCAGCAGUGAUUGUCAUUACUCUGAUAAUCAUGGCCUCAAAUCUUCCCGUUUUAUUCUUCUUUGGUGACCAACAGGUACGAGAAGAUGAGACGAAUUUAACUGUGACGCUACGUUGCGUUAUACUAACAGACUAUGAGACUUUCAUGAAUAAAGUCUGGUACUGGCUUGACCUGUUAAAGUUCGUUCUUCUUCCUAGCUCCAUCCUCACCAUCUUCAACAUCAUCAUCAUCAUUUAUGUCAUUCGUAGCAGGAGAAGGGUGGAGAAGGUGGUGGCUACUAAAACGUUUAGGGGCAGACCAAACUCAAUGACCUUGACCAUUUUGAAAGGCUCCAGGCAUGCUCAGCUCACUUCCGGUCACCCAGGCUUCACCACAACGACUGUCCCUAACAACUGCGUCAGCGGCUCAAACAAGGAAAUAUCAUUGACCAUUACCCUGCUUGUCAUUAACGCUACGUUUGUCAUUUGCAACACACCUAUCGUGGUAUAUUUCUUGGCCAGCCAGUACUGGUUCCCUCCAGGUUUGCAGCCAGCCGAGAGACUUACUCUUACUGCCUCCAUCAUGGCCAUGUACACCAACAACGCGGUCAACUUCUUACUAUACUGCGCCACUGGGUCAAGGUUUAGGGCAGAGAUUCGUCACUUGUGUUCUGACUUACGGAAUGCGGGCUCCUCCUGGGCGGCCAGCUCUCGUCUGGUAAAGAACAAUAACACUAGCAGUGAAGUUCUUAAGUCCAACCACUUGGAUGACCAGAUGGUGUCAGUGAUGGGUUCAAUGGAAUCCUUCUACACAUACCAGUAGAAACAAGAUUUAAUGAAACCAGAUGUCUUUGUGCUUAACACAAUUUUGUGUUUGUUUCUAAAUUCAUCCACUUUGAAACAAA